AUGAGUACACCUAAAAGAUUGGAAAGCUCGCCGGAGAAAAAUGUUCAAACGCCAUUUAAAGAACGUGCACUACAUGAGAAAAGACUGAGAGACGAACUUCUUCUCCUUUCAACUCCGGGAUGGAGGCAGGAAGAAAAUUUCGAAUCAGGAGGUACCAGGGAAGACUUACUUUCUUCAAACCCACAAGUCUUGAACAGCUGUUUAAAAGAGCUCAGCAGCUUAUUAUUCAGAAAACACUCCGAAAAGUCGAGUGAUUUGUGUCAAUCGAAGACAUCAUCUGCAAAUUUUGCUACUGGUAAGGUCGAAAUUAGUUCCAAUGUCGUCAGCCCGGAUAAAUUAUCCAGUAACGAACGUUUCAUUCUAGAAAACCCUCUUUUGCACGUCAAACACUCGAGUCGAGAAGCUAAUUCAGGAACCAAACGAUCACUCUCGCAAGAAAUCUUUUCAAGUCACGAAUCCAAUCUAAGAAGGAAGUCAAGACGUUUAGAAGAUGAACUAGACGUCGUCAUAAUGGAUGCACAGAAUGUCCCAAAAGGAACUGAACUUCAAACCCAUUUUAUUGAGCAAACGGAUGAAACAAAUUCUGAAAAACUCUCAAGGGAUGGGCCUGCAGAAUCGGAGUUACCGGUUAACUUCAUGAUUUCAGAGGACGAAAAUCCUACAGAAUACGCUCGAAUGAGCUCGUCCAUUAUUAAUCUAGAAAAAGGUGCAGCUUUAUCAGAAGAUGAUAUUUCUAUGGACUCAUUUUCAAGUGGUGAUGAAUUGCUUAAGAACCCAAGAAAGGCAGAUGAACUUGCAGAAGAAAUUUCUCAAGAGAGCCAUGAAAAUGACCAGGUUCAGGUCAUUGCCCACUCAAUUCCAAUUCGAGAACUCCGAUCGAUUGUAAAGGCGAAUCCAAAUGUCAUAAACUUUAAAAUACCACAUAAAUCGUACUUGACAAUGAAUCGCAUUUCCAUGGACUUCAUAAAGCAAAUCGCGCAUGAAUUCAAAGUGCUUUCAAGUCUCCCGAGUGUGAAUAUUGACAGGAGUUCCAUAGUGUCAAUUUUCGCAAAAUAUGGAAUUAUAUCCGAUCACGUCACAAAUCAGGAGUUAUUUGAAAUGUGCGCACAGUAUUUAUCAUCGGAGGACCUCAAUAUUCUUGAAAUUGCACUUUUUGGAACGUAA